AUGGCAAAGAUGAUGAUUGGAGCCCGCGCCGGCUUCGCCAACUCCUACCAGCGGUACUUUGUCUACAACGACGAAGAGCUGACCUUCUUCGAGGCCUGGCACAAGUGCCGAGCGCACGGACUCCGGCUGGCCUCGGUCCACUCGGCCCUGGAUGACGCGAAGCUGAAGGUGGCACUCGCCCAGAAGGACAUCAACCAGCGGGGACCGUGGUGGAUCGCCGGGACGGAUCUCGGCAAGUCGGGAAGCUUCGUGUGGAUCACCGAUGACAAGCGGAUUGACGGGCGGACAGGUUAUACGAACUUUGCCCCGGGAGAACCGAAUAACGCGGGUGGUAACGAGCACUGUUUGGAGGUGGGAGGUGGGCCCAAGGGAACGCUGUGGAACGAUUGCGCUUGUGACCUGAAAAAGAGGUACAUCUGCGAGUUGGAUAGUUGUGACUGUUGA